GAAUUCACCAACUUGGUUACACAGGUAGAGGGAUCUGAAACGCGAACAGAUGUUAAAAUUCGUGUUAAUCGCAGUUUUCGUGCUUUACGGAUUUUCACACACUUCAGAAGCUUGUGAAAAUCCUAAAUUAGCGCUAAAUAAUGUACAAUUAAGAAAUCCAAUUCGACGAACAGACAUGUGUCCUCCUGAAACUGAAGACCAGCUCAACAGUUUGAAACAAGUUGCGCAGAAGUUCACGUGGAUGCUGGGAUAUUGCUUAUUUGAUAAAAAUUUUAAAAAAGAAGAAGAAAAAGUAUGCAAAUUUGAUUUGAAGCCUAUAUUUAAAGCACACGAGGACUCAGAAAAAUGCGGUUUGAAAAAAAAACAUUGGUUGCGUUAUUUCGGAUACUUUUAUUGCGGGAAAAAUGAUGACAUGAGACGACUAUUGGAAGCAAAGACCAAACAGGACAUGAGAAAUUACGUAAAAAUUGACCUACCGAAAGAUCUGAACAUGUUCGACGUUUGUUUUGAUAAGUACAAACACGAGACAAUUUACACAACUCAUAAAAUUCUGAACCUACCAGCUUACGUACGCACUCCAGAAUUAGAGCAAGAAUCCAACUGCGACUGCGUAACAGAAAUCAGCACCGACCCUUUCUACAUGAAACAAGAAGUUUUCCUUAAAUUGAGAGAUCGUUAUAAAUUAGAAGAAAGGAUAUCUUCAGACAGCCACUUCAAAGUGGUACCUCAUUAUAUAGUUCCUCCUCUGCAUUUUGCUGAUCGUACAUGGAAAAGAGCUACUAAUCACUUCAUCAACACAGCACCUCUUCGGGAUAAACUAGUUCCUCUAAUGGAUAUCAUAGACCAAGGAAUAAAACGAGCUGCGAUCAGCGUGUUUAGAGCAACCAAACUCGAAGAAUUACUCAUUUUUACCACAAUAAUAAAGAUUCCAAAUACCAAGUAUCCCGGAGCAUUCGUCAAUUGGUGGAAAAAAAAGGAUAAAAAAAUAGAAAAACACCUAUUCAAGCAAAAUAUUUGGUGUAAAUUGGUAGUUAAUAAGGAACAAAAACAAGGUAUUUUUAUUUAUGUUCAUAAUACGCGUGAAAAACCAAAAGAAAGUGAAAAAAGAUGCAGAAGUGAUUUGAUGAAGGAGUGCAAUUUCAAGACGUGGGCCUAUAGCACGACUUCAUGCGAGGCUAGCACGAGCACGGGUAUCCCUAACGGCACCGAGAUUGAUUUUGAAUACGCAUACUGUUGUGAAGCGUCCAUGGCAGAUGCCCUGGACAUGUUUGAUUCGAAUUUGCUCAUGGUUGAUUUUUUAAAUAUCGAUUCAAUAAUAAAUCCAGUGGAAUAAUUGAUCUCAAGAAAGAUCGUAGUCCAUAUUGAGAAAAUAUGCGCAAAUUUGAUUAAAUUUAUACAAUUUCUUCCACAUUAAGACUUUUGUGAGCUACAUCUAGUUAUUCUUUUUGUAAUAUAACUCUAAAAGGGGGCUAUCACUCACCCCC